AUGUACAGGAACCUGUUCGAUAAGCUGAAGGAAGGCCCACUGAAGAUAUCCAUCCUGGGCAGCGGAAACUGGGCGAGCGCAAUCAGCAAAGUCGUAGCCACGAAUGCAAAGAAUAAUUAUUUAUUUGAGAAUGAAGUGAAAAUGUGGGUACGAGACGAACUGGUAAACGGCGAAAAUAUAGUAGAUAUAAUUAACAAAAAGCAUGAAAACAUAAAAUACUUAAAGGGGGUAACCUUACCACACAACCUGGUUGCCUACUCAGAUUUGUCCAGAGUGAUUAAUACUGCUGACCUGUUAAUAUUUAUAAUCCCAUCCCAAUAUUUAGAAAGCGUAUUGAUGUUAAUAAAAGAAAAUCAAUCCAUUAGGAUAGAGAAGCAUGCAAAAGCUAUUUCGUUAACUAAAGGUUUUAUCAUUAAAAAUAAUCAAAUGAAUCUUUGCUCCAAAUACAUUACCAACUUUCUGGACAUUCCCUGUUCUGCCUUGUCGGGUGCUAACAUAGCCAUGGACGUAGCCAUGGAGAAAUUUUCCGAAGCCACUAUAGGAGGAAAUGACAAGGAGACGCUGCUAAUUUGGCAAAGGGUUUUUGAUUUGCCUUACUUUAAAAUAAACUGCGUUAAUGAAACUGUGGGGGUUGAGAUUUUCGGCGCCUUAAAAAAUGUCAUAACGUUAGCAUCUGGAUUUUGCGACGGACUAAAUGCUUCCUCCAAUUCCAAAUCAGCGAUUAUCAGAAUUGGAGUUAAAGAAUCCUUCCUUUUUGGGAAAACAUUUUUUAACUAUUCCGAUGUGAACGUAUUUUUUGAGAGCUGUGGUUUGGCUGAUAUCAUCACGUCCUUCCUCGGGGGAAGAAACGCAAGAUGCUCUGCGGAGUUUGUGAAGUGUAACCCGAAGAAGACGUGGGAACAGCUGGAGAAUGAAGUCCUCAAGGGGCAAAAAUUGCAGGUCAGUAAUUUUUUUUAUUAUGAAGAGAAUUGGCUAUGCAUAAACGAUUCGAUCACAGUGUUUUUGCAUCCGAUUGGAUGUAGUGGUUGUUACCCCAGUUUGUAA